AUGGAGGAAGCGAAAGCGGCGGCGUACUACGACGAGCUCAACCGCAAGGGCGAGGGCGCCCGCCGCUUCAAGCAGGGGCUUGGCUUCUCCUCCUCCUCAUCCGAUGCCGCCGCCUUCCCUUCCAAGCCCACCGCCUCCUCCUUCCUAUCCAGCUUCGUUCGCGCUGGCGCAGCCCCUGCCGCCGCCCAACUCCCUAAUCUCUCUAAACAGCCGCCGCCGCAUUCCAGGCCCCCAUCCAGUCCGCGCCGUCGCUCCAGUUCACCGCCUCUUUCGCCUCCCAGGAUCCGCUCCAGGUCCAGGUCCAGGUCCCCCUCUCGCUCCAGCCGGCGCCGAUCGAGGUCGAGGUCCCGGUCGAGGGAGCGCAGGCGUCGCUCCAGGUCUAGGGAGAGGGACCGCAGGGCAUCCCGUAGGCGCUCUAGGUCGCAGGGGUCGAGAUCGCCUUCUCGCCGGAGCGGCAGGAGCUCGCCCUCGGAAGGCCGGUGGGAACGGCAUGGGGAUCGGUGGCGGCGGCACGACGACGGCCAUCAGAGCUCUAAGGGUCGCGGUGAUAGGGACGGAGGCAAAAUGGACUACUCGCGGCUCAUAGAAGGAUAUGAUAAAAUGACUCCAGCUGAGAGAGUUAAAGCAAAGAUGAAGCUUCAGCUUUCAGAGACAGCUGCAAAAGAUUCCACUCUUGGAACUGCAACUGUGGGGUGGGAAAGAUUUCAAUUUAAUAAGGAUGCUCCACUUGAUGAAGAUAAUGAUGAUGUUGAAGUUGCUAAUGAUGAUGCUUCACUGGUGAAGAAUAUUGGAAAGAGCUUCUGGCUUUCUGCUGUGGAGUCAAAGCAUGAAGAUAAAGUCAGAGAUGCGCAUGAUGAGGCUAUAUUUGGUGUACCUACAAUUUCAUUUGUUGAUACUGAAACUGGUGGGGACGAGCUUCAAACCAAUCAUGAAGAUGGGAAAGUUGAAGAUAUAGAAGCUGAUGAACCUAGCAGCUCCCUCAUCAGCGACAAAGUUCUGGCCAUGCAAAAAGGUUCCUGGAGAGAUCGGGCUCAGAAGUUGCGGCAGGAUUCGAAUACAUGA